UUACUCCAGGGGGUUGGGAGCAAGGAGGCUUCUGUGGGGAAGUGGGGCUGAGCUGCUGGAGGGGUCUAGCCCGUGUGUGUGAACGGGAGAGAGGGGAGGCUGAGUGCUUAGGUCUGGGGGGUCAGUACAGUGCAGCAAGUCCUGCAGCUCCAGAGAGACCCACCUGAGGAUGGACAUAGGACCCCCAGAUGUGCUGGAGCGCAAGGGGGCUUUGACUCUGCGCUCACAUUGUGUGCAAUAUGGGAGACCCACCCUAAUGUACCGCUGGCACCAAAACAGAGAGGCUGAACCUAAAGAUUAUGAUAUAAAUGAAGUUCCUUUGGGUUCAAAGAAUUUAUGUCAAUCUACUUACUCGAGAUUCGGAACUGUGGAUGGGACAUGGAUCACCACAUACCAGGAUCAUUUGUCUCAACCGUAUACAAAUAAAGGAUAUAGGGAAAUAGAGAUUCGUAAGUCCAUGCUGAAUGAAGAUAAUUUUGAAGAUGGUGUUAUUGACAGGGAGACUGGGAUGCCCAAAACAGGAGUUGGAGCUGUAUUGCCAAGACACCCUUCAGAUCACUUUCAAAUGUAUCUGGAUACAACAUACUGUAUAGACUAUGUUCCUCCAUAUGAUUAUACGCCAUAUGUUGGAGCCCAACCAGAUGGUUAUUCUAUAGUUCAUAGAAAAUGUCACUCUCAGUUUACUGACACAGCAGAUUACAGAAGACAUGGUAUCAACACAUGGCAAGAUGAGAGUGGACUAUAUGCUAAUAUGGAUAUAAAGCAACAGGUCUUCCCAGUAACUAAUCCUAUACCGUCAAACGUGCAUGAAGAUCAUUUCUAAGCAGUUAUAAUAGAAUCUGAAAUAGACACAUUGUAUGUCAAGUAUUAACAAUUUUCCAAAUAUUCCAAUAAAUA